UAUCCACAACACUGCCAAAACAGGCAGGGCAGAGGUUUUUGGAAAAAACCGGUUUUGAUCCUGAAGAUCUGGCGGUGGAUGUUGGGUAUUGGUUUAAGGGAAGCACCAAUCGUAAAGGUUACCUGGCAGAAUUUUGUGACUUCCAUGACAGUGAGUACAUGGAAAUGCUGCUGCAGAUUUCAGUGCGAUGGUUAAGCCUGGAGAGGUGUAUAACCCAAAUUCUGCGACAGUAUGGGCCACUUACCAGCUAUUUUAAAUCUUUAAAUGAGAAACAACCAAGGUUUAGAAGGCUGGUGGAUGCUUUUUCCAAGCCCCUGACUGAAGUUUACCUCCUUUUCUAUCAAGCGAUGCUGCCAAUGUUCUCCACACUGAACCUCCUCCUCCAGAGGGAAAUGUCUUCCAUCUUCCAGCUCCAUGGAGAGAUGACAAAGUUCAUCAUGAAACUGUUUGCGAGGUUCAUGAAGCCGUUAGCACUACAGGGCCGACAAGUCCAUGACAUCCUCUACAUGGACCCACUAAACCAACUGCCAGGAGAAAAACUAAAUAUUGGCUUCACCACCAGAGCUACCCUUAACAGGCUGCUUGAGGCUGGAGACAUCACACCUCAGGAGGUGCAGCUAUUCCAGCAGGCAGCACUAGCGUUUCUGGUCAGGGCUGUGGAGUAUGGAAUCAAAAAACUCCCCCUGAAGGAGGCCCUGCUGAAGCACGCUCAAUUCCUUGAUGUGCAGCAGAGGAUGGAGUGUGGGGUGGCAGAUGCCCUAUACUUCGUAGACAGAUUUCAGGAACUACUUCCUUUCAAUGGGCCAGAGGAACAGGACAAGGUGAGUGAGGAGUUCUCGGAAUAUCAACUCAUGGAUAUUCCCAUGCCACAAGAUCCCACCACCUUUAAUGUUGAGGAGUUUUGGGGGAGUAUGUCCUUAAUCAAGUGCAAAGUGACCGGUUUGAGCCAGUUUGGGAGGCUUUCUAAAAUAGCUUCAAUGGUGUUAGUCCUCCCUCAUUCAAAUGACGACGCUGAAAGGGUUUUCUCCAUGGUGGGAAUAAACAAGACCAAAACCAGGAACAGUUUAGCGCUUGAUGGAACCCUGUCAUCCAUCAUGACAGUAAAAAUGGCUGGCCUGGAACCACAGUGCUUCAAAUGGGAGCCACCAACCCCUGUGCUGAAGGCCUCAAAACCAGCUACCAACACCUACAAUAAACAACACUGACCAUUAUCUCUCUCUCUCUCUCUCUCUCACACACACACACACACACACACACACACACACACACAUAAAUAAAUGCUGAAUUAAAUAAAUAUUAUUUUAUUUGUAAGAAUAUGUGUCAUUUAUGAGAUCAGACACCUGUCCUUAUCAAACCCCUACCGUCGCCAAAAUCUCACUCUAAACUCAUUUCAAAACUUGAGAGCCCUG